AUGGAUUUCGCUAAGUUGAUGUCCGCACAUAUAAAAAAAGGCAAAGACACAGCCUCACCAGCCGAACCUACCGAGAAAAAGUACUUGAAGCGCAGCGAGAUCGAAGCACAGCGGCAAGCCGCAUACGUCGCCGAACAAGAAGCCGCGGAGAAGGCACGACGAGAACGUCACGAGAAGAAGCGCAAAGCCGAGGAAGAUGAAGCCGAGAGGGAAGCCGAGCGCCGGGAAAAGCGCAUGCGCAUGGCCGAGGAAUCAAGACGCAUAAGGGAAGAAGAGGAAGAGGCAGAGGAAAGACAGCGGCGAAAGCGGCUAGGUCUUCCUGAUCUUCCACCCAAGAAGAAGGACGGUGAAGGAGACGGCACACCGGUCCCCGAAGACGAAGAUAUCGAAGACGAAGAGCUCGUCGCAAAGCUAAGAGCCCUCGAUGAGCCAGCGUGGCUAUUCGGCGAGACACACAAACAACGCUUGAAGCGAUACAAGAAGCGCGUCGGCGCAGACAGCCUAGCAGCCAUCAUGACGGACGGUCCGAUACCCACAACACUACAACUCGUACCGGAGAAGGACAUGAAGGUCAGCCCCCAGGUACCCAAGGACAAGGAGGGUCGCGAGUUCCUCUUCAGGCAAUUGGCGAGCUAUUUCACCAUGGUGCUGAAAGAAUGGGACCUCACACUCCUACGCCGAGACCCCGAAGUCAAGGAGAGCUACCAAGGAAAACAAGCCUACGCCGCCAUGGUACAAGCGCGAGAGAACAUGCGGCCCCUGUUCAAGAAAUUGGAGAAGUUCGAUCUUCCAGACAGUAUCGUCGAGCCCGUUGUCGAGAUUGUGCACGCCGCACAAGAGCGAAGAUACGUCGACGCGAACGAUGGUUAUCUACGUCUCAGUAUCGGCAAGGCGGCGUGGCCCAUCGGUGUUACCAUGGUGGGUAUCCACGAGAGAAGUGCGCGAGAAAAGCUACAUGAGAGCGAUAAGAAUGCGGCGCAUAUCAUGAGCGACGAGAUGACGCGGAAGUAUCUGCAGAGUAUUAAGCGGUGUUUGAGCUUUGCGCAGACGAGGUGGCCGCCUACAGAUCAGCUGCAGCUCAUGGGCUGA